UGGUCCAAAAUUCGGGAGAAAGGUCAUUUCAUUUGCUUUAUAUAAAAAACCCUAAUUAGCUUCCAUUAUAUUGCUGAUCAGAUUCUCUCCGAGGUAAGGGCGGCAGAAGGCAAGACCAGGAGCAGCGCCAAAAGUUCAACCAUGGGUGCUUACACUUAUAUAUCGGAGCUAUGGAGGAAGAAACAAUCCGAUGUUAUGAGUUUUAUGUUGAGGGUUAGGUGUUGGGAGUAUCGUCAGCUCCCUUCUAUUGUUCGUGUUACUCAUCCUACUCGACCUGAUAAGGCUCGCCGUCUUGGUUACAAGGCUAAGCAGGGAUAUGUUGUGUAUCGUGUCCGUGUGAGGCGUGGUGGAAGAAAGAGGCCAGUUCCUAAGGGUAUUGUUUAUGGUAAGCCUGUAAACCAGGGUAUUACUCAGCUGAAAUUCCAACGCAGCAAAAGGUCUGUUGCUGAAGAACGUGCUGGAAGGAAGCUAGCUGGUCUUAGGGUUCUUAACUCUUACUGGACUAAUGAGGAUUCAACAUACAAGUAUUUUGAGGUUAUUUUGGUUGAUCCUGCUCAUUCUGCUAUCCGUAAUGAUCCUAGGAUCAACUGGGUAUGCAAUCCUGUUCAUAAGCAUAGAGAGCUUAGAGGAUUGACUUCAGCUGGGAAGCAAAACAGAGGAUUGAGAGGAAAGGGACAUCGCAACCACAAGAUGAGGCCUUCAAGGAGGGCAACAUGGAAGAGAAACAACACUCUUUCUCUUCGUCGUUAUCGUUGAUCAUUCUAGUAACAAAAUUUUAUCUCUUCUUUACUUUGUAUUUUUUUUGGAUUUAAAUGUCUUUGUUCUUGAGUUUGAUGGAUCUUUUUCCCGGCUGUGGAAGAUUUUAUGAUCUCUGAUACCUCUUUUGAAUAUGCUGUCAUUGGAUUUUGAAGAAUUUUAUUUUGGCAAUGUGAUUUUGCAGUUAGUUUUAUCA